UCAUAGACAUAUUUGAUGACAAAAACAAAUACAUUAUACAGUAAUAAAGCUCUAACGAUACUCCAAAUACAUGUACCAACAAAACUAGGGUGUAUUAUCCACUGCAGUAUGUGUUUGUUCGUAACCUGUAUUGACCCACUUUCUUGCCAUCAGUUUGUUUUCUUUGAUAUAUUAAACAUGCUCAUUAGUACUUGUCAUUUCUUAAAUGUCAAGCACAAGGUUACAAGGAAGUGGCUAUAAAGAAAGAAGACUAACUAGUAAAACAAGUGCUGGCACACUAUUAUGUUGAUAUAAACUGUCCUCAUGACAGAUCGACACAGAUGCAUCAUUAUUCAACAACAUUCUCAGAAGUGAAACCAAAAAACUGCAAAAGAAAAUUGACGAAUCUUGAGAGAGAGAAAAUCAACGAUAGAUCAUAAAUAAUAUGUGAUAUAAAAGUGCUCUGAAACAAAAGAAGACUCAUUGAAUCUCUGUAUAUUUUAGAUUCUAAUCCAGCAGUUGGAGACAUGCAGGUUUCUUGAUUUUAUCUUUGCUGCAAGUUUAAAAUAAAACAUCUCUGAAGCCAAUGGAAGUGACACUGACACCAAAGACUUUGAGAGCCCCAGAAUGGCCGCAAGAGGACCAUCUUUCCAGUUUGAAGGCUUUAGCUGAGAAGUUAAAACUGGAGACCAGAAAGACGUCGUAUCUGGACUGGAGAGCUCAGCUGGAGGUGAUGCUAAACCAGAGCCACAGAGAUGAAAAUAUUAAAAAAACGGAGAAACCACACACAGAAAACACACUGAGGAAUCAAUCAGGACACAUACGAGGGUUUGGAAGUAUUGAUCAAGCGCUGGAGUGGCUCAGGAAAGAGCUGAUAGAGAUGCGUCUUCAGGAUCAGCAGCUCGCACUUCAGCUGAUGCGUUUGCGCAGCGAUAUUAACGAUCUGAGAAUCGUGCAGACGUGCAACCAACACCGCGAGAUGCUGAACGACGCCACAUUUGAGCUGGAGGAACGGGGCGACAUGUCAGAUUUAUGUGAUGUGCCCAUGUCUCCUGGAUUAGGCCUUUCCACACCACUUAAAGUCAUCGGUGUCACAAAAAUGAACAUCAACACCCGCCGCUUCUCCCUCUGCUGACAGACACACUUUAUUCAAAGAGAAUGACUUUAUAGAGUGCACUGUAAAGAAUAUCUGUAGAUUAGUUUUCAUUAUGGGAUGUUGAUCUCUGCUCUGUCCACUUUUGAUGUUGAAAAUGCAACUCUACAGUUUAACAAAGUGACUUUUAUUGAUCUUUUAGUAGUUUGAUUUAAUAUAAUGUAUGAGAAAUAGAGAGAAAUGAGUGUGUAAAAUAACAAAAAAUGUGCUGCAGACAAUACCCAGACAAUACAUCGCUUUAAACUAUUAAAAAUGUUCAUAAAAG